AGGAAUGACUGUGCAGUCUCCUUCCCUUUCCCCUUUCUCACUGGCCAGGAUGCAAACAUCAUGGCAGGAACUGGAGCAGCCACCUUGGAACCCAAAGAUGGAAGCCGCAUAUUGAGAAUGGCAGACACUCUACCAGUCUGGACUGCUUACCUUUGGACUACUAUGAAUGAGGGACACUGUCACUCUCUGAGACGGGGGAAUGGCUUGUUGAUACAGCGGAGCUGCUCAUCGAGGUUCUAAUUCUCCCAGGUGACACCUUCACAAAGCCAGCUUCUGGGCCUGCCCUGAUUUUUCAUGAUGUCAUCCAUUCAUCAUUGUGAGCUGAUUGGCGGUCCCAGACCUUGGCCAGCUGCCCAAUGCCAGGAGAGCAGAGAGAGAUCCCAGGACAAAUGUGCAGCAGGCCCCUGAGCAUGUACGGAAAUGUCAUCAGUUCCACAUAGAAAGACUUGGCGGAAAUCGAAGAAGACAGUAAAAGUCACAAGAUCCUAUCCAACCUUUCCUUCCCUGAAUGCCUGGGAAGAAUUCAGGGGCCUCUUGCCUGUGGAUGGGGAACCAAACCCUGGAGUGGGCCUGGGUGUAGAGGAGGGAUUGCUCUGCCAAAUGGUUCAUUCUGCAGAAUUCAACCUGUUUCCUGACUCAGUGGUUUUUGAAAGCAACUUUGUCCAGGUCAAAAAGGGCAAGGACUGGAUCGACAUCUACAAAGCCUCCAACACCAUGGCCCUCGGAGUGACCUCCUCCGUGCCCUGCCUGCCCCUUCCCAACAUCCUCCUCAUGGCCAGGGUCAAAUGGCACCAGGGGCAGAGCCAGACAUGGAACAGACCAUCUACAGCCCCAAACAUCAUCCUGAAGAGCCUCAGUCCUGAAGGAGACACUCCUCGUUUUAAUGAAGAUAGGGUUGGAUCAGAAGCAAUGGGGUUGUCGGUGUGUGUCUUCCCUUGUGCCUUCAGGAUUCUCCCAUUGAAGUUCGUGGAGCUCCAGGUCUAUGACCGCCUUCAACGCAUCCUGCGGUUGAGAACGGUCACUGAGAAGAUCUACUAUCUAAGGCUCCACCCUGACCAUCCUGAGACCGUCUUCCACUUCUGGAUCCGACUAGUUCAAAUUCUGCAGAAGGGCCUGUCCAUCACCACCAAAGACCCUCGGAUUCUUGUCACUCACUGUCUGGUACCCAAGAACACCUGCAGCCCCUCUGGAGACUCUAAGUUAGUACAGAAGAAGCUCCAAGCCUCCCAGCCGAGCGAGAGCCUCAUGCAGCUGAUGGCCAAGGGGGAGAGUGAGGCCCUCUCUCAGAUUUUUGCCGAUUUGCACCAGCACAACCAGUUCAGUCAUAAAUUCAGUUCCAGGAGCAGCAAAAAGAUGGAGACCAAAAAGAACAUCUCAGCAAAAGAUACUCCCAGUGAAGACGGCAUCCCGUGCACCCGUGACCUCAGUUGGAGGAAUUCCUUCACCUACGGAGAGUGGGAAAGAGAGAACCCCUCUGGGCCGCAGCCCCUCUCACUCCUCAGCACUCUGGCAGCCUCCACGGGGCUGCAGCUGGCCCCACUCGUAGGCACAAGAAGAUAUGCUCUCAGAGGGGACAGGACCAAGAGAUGGAGAGAAGGAAAGAAAGGGAAGCAGGACCAGAGGAGAGGUGGAAGAGAACGAAAUGGAGAUGAAGAGGAAGUUGGAGAAGAAGGGAGAUACAGAGAGGUGGUAAGAAAAGGAAACAGAAGAGAUUUGGGAGAGAAGCUGAACAGGACUAGAGAAGAAAUACACCUGAGAGAUGCCUCACCCAGCUUCUAUUUAUCUAAUUUAAAACUUGAAAGUAAGGCCAUAUACCAAAAAAGAAAUUUGUUUUCUUCUCUGCUCAGACUACUCUGGAUGAGUACGAGGGGCCGGAAAUGAAUUCCAGCCAAGGGCCUCUCUAUAAAUUUCCCUUUUUGCCAAUAUAUAUUUUUUUGUUAGUCCCUCUUUUCUCAUUCAAGUUUUGGCCUUUAAAUUCCUUAACCCAUUCUCUAACUUGGACUCGCUAGCCUGGCCUUGUUCCAAAUGGAGGUUUGGGUUUGAGGCUUCAGAAAGGUUCCUUGCAGGAGGUGAUCAGACAAGGUGUGCGAGACAGGGGAUAUUUCUCUUUCGUGUUCGAACUUUCUAAGUUUGCUAAUGUCUCAGCCCUACAAACACUGGCUCAAUUUCUUUUGCAUAUGACAGCCCUUAAAAUGUCAACACACCUUGUUAGCGCUUAUUAAAUUAUCAAUUCCAAGACAAGAGAUACAGGCUCAAAGCACAGGUAAAAUCGGAGGUUCACAAAUUAUAGAUCAAGAGAGUCACCAAGGAGUGUCUUUCAGGUGGCCCAUGGACCAGCCUCUUUGUUUAAAAUGUGCAAUAUUUCACAUUCAAUAAAAACCAGACUGUGAGUAUUUCAGAAA